AUGAGUAAGUACAGAAAAAGAGAGAAACAGUCUUCCGACGAAAGUGACUCGGAGGAAGAAACCCGGAGGGACAUCAAAGAACGUGAUGAAUUCGCAGAACGUCUUCUCCGGAAAGAUGAAGCAAAGACGCGUAAAAUUGCGAUGCCUGCGGGCUCGACAGCAGAAGCUGCCAAACGGCUGAAGUUAAUGGAGACUGAGUCCCGCGACAAGCUUCUACCGGAGCUCAGGAAGGCCUCGCGUCGGCAGUAUCUAGAGAAACGUAAAGCAGACAAAGUUGCCGAGUUGGAGGCCGACAUAAUCGACGACGAGUAUCUCUUCGACGAGGAAACGUUGACGGAGUCGGAGAAAAGGGCACUGGAGCACAAAAAGCAGUUACUGGUGCUGGCGAACGAGCAUGAAAAAGCGCGGAAUCUUGAACGUGUCCAGAGGUACCAUAUGCCUGAGGCCAAAGGAAAGGGUGAGAAAGAUGACACGGUAGUCGAUCUCACUGAGAAUGAGGCUCCUAUUUCUGAGCAGAGUAGGUGGGAAUCCCAGCAGAUGGGUUCUGCUGUUUAUAAAUUUGGAGCUAAGGACAAAAAGCGCACUGAGGACCAUGAGCUGCUGCUGGAUGAUGAAAUAGAGUUUAUUCAAGCGCUUCAGAUGCCUGGAUCUGACAAGAUCAAGAGGGAAGACGAGGAAGAAGCUAGUAGAACAGUCGAGAACAAUAAAUUGCAGUCAAUUCAAGAAACUCAGAGGAGUUUGCCUAUUUAUCCUUUUAAGAGAGAACUUAUCGAAGCCAUAAAGGAGCACCAGGUGCUCAUUAUCGAGGGAGAAACAGGGUCUGGUAAAACUACGCAGAUUCCACAAAGAGUCGCUGCGAUGUCCGUUGCUGCAAGAGUCGCUCAUGAGAUGGCUGUCAAACUUGGCAAUGAAGUCGGGUAUGCCAUCAGGUUCGAGGAUUGUACAUCACAACGUACAAAAAUAAAAUACAUGACUGACGGUACGAUGCACCGUGAGUUUCUCAGCGAUCCAACUCUUGACACUUACAGUGUCAUAAUAAUCGACGAGGCUCACGAGCGUACGCUACACACUGACAUCCUUUUUGGACUUGUCAAAGACAUAGCGCGUGAACGGAAAGACCUGAAGCUUCUCAUAUCAUCGGCAACUUUAGACGCCAAGAAGUUCAGCGAAUUUUUCGACGACGCUCCAAUAUUCCGGAUUCCUGGUCGACGCUACAAAGUCGAUAUUUACUACACAAAAGCACCAGAGGCUGACUACAUUGAUGCUUGUGUUGUUUCGAUUUUACAGAUCCAUGCGACUCAGCCGCGUGGAGAUAUUCUAGUCUUUCUUACAGGUCAAGAUGAUAUUGAGACUUGUCAGGAAAUUCUUCAAGAAAGAACAAUGCGGCUGAAAAUGAGCGAGUUGAUUAUUACACCAGUUUACGCCAAUCUUCCCAGUGAAAUGCAGAUUAAAAUUUUCCAGCCGACACCACCUAAUUCUCGGAAGGUUGUUCUAGCUACUAAUAUUGCAGAGACGUCGCUGACGAUAGACAAUAUUGUUUAUGUUAUUGAUGUUGGGUAUGCGAAGCAAAAUCACUUCAAUGCACGGACGGGAAUGGAGAGCUUGAUUACAGUUCCUAUCAGCAAAGCGUCGGCUAAUCAGAAAAGUCCUGCUUGGGCUUAA